AUGGCCAACGACAACAAUAACCAAAUGCCUUCAUUGGAAUAUCCCUCUGUUCAAGAUGGUGGUGCUCGUGUUGACCUUGGUGAAUAUUUCAAGAACAGGAUUCAAGACUUGGCUGGGCAGUUCUCUAGGGUUAUGGGGUAUCUAUCUCUGUCCCCCAAUCCUAAGAAACGUGUUGAUUUUCUCAGAGUGAUUCAGAGAGAACAUGAUGAAUUGAAGGAAAAGUUUUUGGAGGAGAGAGCAGCUCUUGAAGCCAAAUACCAAUUAUUGUAUCAACCAUUGUUCGCUAAGCGUUAUGAAAUUGUGAAUGGCCUUGCUGAAGUGGAAGGGGUAGCAAUGGGAACUGCAACUGAUACAGCUGAAGAGAAAGGAGUUCCUUGUUUCUGGCUAGUUGCACUAAAAAACAAUGAAGUGGUAGCUGAUGUGAUUACUGACCGCGAUGAGGAAGCUCUAAAGUACCUCAAAGAUAUCAAAUAUACCAAGAUGGUAGAACCGCUAGGGUUCAAACUCGAGUUCUUUUUUGAUCCCAAUCCGUAUUUUUCAAACACGGUCCUGACCAAAACUUAUCACAUGCUUGAUGAGGACGAGCCUUUACUGGAGAGGGCUUUUGGGACGGUAAUUAAUUGGCUGCCCGAGAAGUCUUUGACUAAGAUUGCAAAUGAAAAGCAAAAGAAUGAUUUGAAGAAUGUGGAACCAGUUAUCGAUACUCCUCCGUGUGAAAGUUUCUUUAACUUUUUCGACCCACCGGAGAUACCUGAAAAUGACGUGGAUAUUGACGAAGAUGCUUGUUAUGAACUUCAGGAUGUUAUGGAACGGGACUAUGACAUUGGGUCAACCAUAAGGGACAAGAUCAUCCCCCAUGCUGUUGUAUGGUUUACUGGGGAGGCUGUUGAUGGAGAGGGCGAUGAGGACGAUGAUAUGUACGACGACUUGGAUGAUGGCGAGGUAUAA